AAAGAAGAAGAAGGAGAGGCUCUGCGCGCUCCAGCGAUUGGAUUGGGGAGAAAAAGAAGAAGAUUGGAACUGUGCGGCGUCCGUCGGGGCAUCAGGGCUAUGGCGAUCUUGCCUUACUAAAAAAGCCCUUAUGAACUUGGACGACAGGGACAGGCUGACAGAAUUUAGCCGAAACUUCAGUGAAACGUCUAUGUACGCUUCCUAUGUCACUGCUUGGAACAAAGUGAUCUUGUGCUACGACGGAGCAUCGACUUCGCAGCAAGGGACUACUUGGAGCAUGGAGAAGUUACUGGCCAUACGAAACUUCUUUCGACGCUGGUUUUCCCGUCAAAAAGAUUCCACCCGGUGCCAGCAACCCACUUCCACUGCAGAUCAGGUAGUAAAGCACGAGGAGGUGGGUGACCACAACGAAGCGGACGAGCUCUCUCAGCGACCUUCUGUCGGACCGGCACAGCUCAAAAGUCCCUUUACACACAGCCUCAAGGCUUGGCAGCUUGGAUAGCAUGUCCAUUGCACGACCAGCAGAUCAACCGAGAAGCAGUUUCGAAAAGGCCCGCGCUCAAACAACACGUUAUAUCGAAAUUCCGUAGAUGGCGCUAGUUUCCAAGGGAGUACGCGGUUUACUUCUGCUCGAAAAUGUUUGGGACACUGGGAUAUAAAGAAGGGUAAAUAAAUUGUUUUACGUCAGUUUAGUGUGUUCUGAAGAAAUGCAGUAUCAGCAUCGUAUAGUUGCUAAUAUGUUUUGCUAAUAUAUUUCAAGCAUUUCAAGAAGCGUCUUUCCUCCACAGAGGACGCUACGCUCGCUCAGCCCACGUGACUAUUGUUGAUGAUGAUGAUCCUGUUCCUGUUAUCAGUUUACACGCGAUAGUUGUGGCGCGAACUUUUCUAUUUCGCGAAGUGUUUUUCUCUGACGUUUGGCACCUCAUUUUGGUAUCACGGUACUUUAUGUUCUACUUUCCGUGUGCUUCGUGUGGGGACAUUGAGCGCGGUUGAAAGAAGAACUGUUGCCUGUUUUCUGCUACUAUGAGCCUGGUUAGAUUGCUCGAACAGCACCUGCUCCGUCAACACAUCAAGGUACGCGUAGAGUGGUUGGAGGCAUGCGUGGCGUUCCUGCGCAACGAAAACCCGGGUCGUAGUAUAAGGAACGAAGAAAUCCAUGGCCUCGUCUUCGAGCAACUUCUUCACACAGACAUCAACGGGGUCGCCGUGGCGUCAUUUCCCUCCCUAACUGAGUCUAAAAUGACGCUGCAGGAUUACUACUUCGUUCAAAUGGAAGAGGUAAGAGACAUCAGUCAACCGGCUUACAGUCAGUUAAAGAAAUUAACGGGCACGGAGAACGUGAACUGCACAGUGCAGGCCGAACCUCAGGAAACUCCCAUGCACUGGGAAACUAAACUGACCCGAAUGCUUAAGAUGGUCCUCUCCGACGGCGUCAACAAAGUGAAUGCAUUCGAGUACGAAGUUAUCCCAGCUUUGAAUCUCAGCUUACCUCCAGGAACAAAAUUAAUCAUAUCUGGCCCGCUGGAAUGUCGAAAGAAGGUUCUGUUCCUGACGUCGAGGAACGUCCGGGUGCUCGGCGGUUGCGUCGAGUCAUUGGCAUCGAAUAAUACUCAACAAUCCAUUCUAGGUUCCGUGCUUCAAAGUCAAAGCGUUCAGGGUGAUGCCUUGCAAGAGAUGCAGACUGCGAAUACCACCUCUUUCACGGGGACUAGGACAAUUAAUCCCAGGAUGGCUUCUAACAGUGUGUCACCACAGGGAACAGGAAAUAGGACACCAACUCCCAGGACAUCCUCACACACUAACAACGUAUCACCAAAGAGGAAAGUUUCUACCCUGGCGCCAUCCGAGGCUAUCCUGAUAGAAGACUCCCUCGACAGAAUGGAUGAGGAUGAUGCACUCCUGGGACAGCUCGACCUCGACGACUAUGUCUUUCCGGAGGAAGAUGAUAUUGACGAAGACAUGCUCCGAGAACAGCUGGAAUUCCAGGCCAAUGCCGAACCCAUGCAAGCCGACAGUCCGGAGCAAUCACCCAGUCCUCCCAGCCCUUACGUCACACUGAAGACCGUCGUGGAGAAAAAUAUGAAAAGCACGCCGCAAACAGUCUUGGUCAAGGGGUGCUAUAUCAGUGGUGUUACCAGCAAGGUGAAGCUGAACCUAGACCUGACCUGGAAGCUCUCGUUAAAGCUGAGCGACGACACCGACUGUUUGGAGGUGGACAUGGAAAGUGACCUGAUCGUAUCUCUCAUGGGAGUCUCGGGCGGUGACUAUCGGAGACUGACAAAGGAAUGUCGCGAUGAAAAGUUGAAGGAGUUUAAAGAGAAACUCCGCGACAUGGAAGGUGUGAUGCACAUCAGGUUCUCCGAAGAUGGAGACCAACUGCCGAAACUUGUAUUGUACGAGGAAGAGACGAAGACGUAGAUAUUUCGCUAGUUUUGGCUGUAGCUACCUAAUUUAUUACCACUUGACAGGCUUCGCUGAAGCGGCCUUUGUUUUAUGCCGAGAUAUAAUGACUGACUCGGUGAAUUUGAAAUAUAUGCAUUUAUAUAUAUUA